CCCAAGCCCAGGAGGCAAGUAACAAUACAACCUUUAGAAGACAUCUGAAGACAGCCCUGUAUAGAGAAGGGUUUCUUUCAAUGUUUAAUGCUUUAUUAUGUUUUCGUAUAUGUUGGAAACUUUCCAGACUGGCUGGGGCAAGCCAGUCAGAAUCAUCAUCAUCAUCAUCAUCAUGGAAUAGGACAUUUCUAUUUUCAUGGGAGAAAUGUUGGAGGGUAUAAGACAGGUAUAGGAGACAGCUAGUGCUCAGUAGGUGCAGGAACAACUACAGCUGGAAUCCAAAUAGGCACAUUUUGCGUAUUUAUCAAAAGUGGAAAAUGGAAGAAAAGUCAUAUGAGAAAACUUAGUAGUGUCACUUAAUAGGAGCAGUCCUUGUGGCUGCUAGUUUUCUCAGGGCCCAGGGUUGUUGGGUCACAAGGUUCAUUGUGACACCUCCCUCUGCUGGCUCAUUGGUCACCAGAGCUCUAGAAGGCCUGGGAUCUCCUAUGCUUGGAUCAUUCUGUGAUUGCGAGAGAAAGGAGAAGACAUGCAAGUAGGAUUUCUUUCAACAUCAAAAUUCUUUGAUGAUAGAGAAUUCAUCUUGAACAUAGAGGCGUUAGAGAGCACUAACAGUGAGCCCCAUUUCUCUUUCUCUCUAGGCUUUGCAGACUCAGCAAAGUGUUUUCCUGAUUGGGAAGAAAGAACAGAAUUUCGCCUAUCCCAGAGACCUCCCCCUUGCCCACCUCCUCCCCCUUGGCCUCCCCCUCUGGACCCCUCUUUGAGAGAACAAAAAAGGUAAGACCCUUCAGCAUAUAGAUGUUGAUUUCAGAAUAGGCUGAGGUUCCAAGAUGGCGAUGGCUUAGCAAGCAGGCUUCGGAGCUGCGCAUAUAACAGGAUGUUAUUAGCGUUGAUUGCCACCCAGGGAAGUAAUUUUUCCUUUUUUUACUUCUCUACUUUUAAACUUGCCAACCUACUGAGAUUCUAACAGCACCUUCUUGUCUAUGCUAUGAGAAACAUCUUGGGCAAGUUCUGUGAAGCAUCCUGGGCAGGCCACCAGCUGCCUUCUAUACUUUGUUCCUGGAACUCCUGGCAGUCUCCACGCGGAGAAGCUCUUAAAUUGAACAAACUGAGCACUUUCUAUUUUUUCUCUCUUUUUUGGUUGGGGAAACCUGUCAUGGUAUUGCCGGAGAAUGAAGGGGAGGAGCAGAGACAGGCAGAGGAAGGGGGGCAGGAAGUGGCGGUGGAGGAAAGAAGGGAAAGCCAGGAGGAGGGAUAGCUCACAGAUGUUGGACCAGAGCCUCAACACCACACAGGAAGUCCUGGCACAGACAGUGAAACAAUGCCUGUUCCGUCUGCCAAGGAAAGGAGAGUGUUAAAGAGGAGGGGACAGAGACAUCACAUGAAAAUUCCACGCCUUUUCUGUUGGAGAAGGGGCAGGCAUAAGGCACUCCCAGAAUCUGAGCCGGAGGAUUCGGAUGCAUGAUUGUAACGUGCUGCUUGUACAUAUGUAAAAUAAAGACUGUAUAUAUGAACUCUGAGUGAGCAGAGGUAUUUCUUGCAGAGAGCAUUCACAAGCCAUCACAAAACCUCUCCUUGUUUACUCCCCACGGCGACGCUAUGCCUGCUAGUAAACGCUACAGGGACCCAGAGGAUGUAGCUCUCUCACCGGUUCCCAAACAAUCUAAAAUAGAGGACUUUUUAAACAAAUCUGCUUUUAUAGUUCCAACAAAAAACAGUGUUUCUCCCCUUGAAGAUGAUUGUGAGUGUGGGGAGAGUAUUCAAGGUGAGAGCGUGGAACUGGAUCCAGCAAUGGGGCAAGUUGAUCCUGUGCCGCUAAGAGAGGAAGGAAUAACAAGUAGGGAGAGCACCCAAUUAACUCUAAUUGCAAGAACGGUUGAGCAUAUCUUCCAACAAAUUAGAGGUAUUGCCUCUCAAAUAACCCAAUUAUCCAAAGAGGUCCACAGUUUAUCAGUAAACAAGCAGGCAUUAACAGAACACCAUAGUACCAAAGUGAAUUGGCGACAAGAGCAGACCCCUAAGCUCGACAUAGAACGUGCAGAGGCUCUUGCAACAAACUCUUCUUAUUUAAUCUUCCAACCCAAAAAGAUCUGCAUGACAAUUUGUGGAAGGCCAGAUCAAACUCCUAACUGGAAAGGUGCCCAGCUUUCCAAACGACAUUUAUCAGACUUACUUGGCAUUGGACUUACAGAUUUCAGAAUAUUAUUAGUCCCUAAGGUCUCUGAACUGUCUGAGGCCUAUUUUGAGGAUCAGAAAAAUAAACAUAUCACAUGUGGCUCUUUGUUUUUCCUGUAGGCUCUGCAUACCUCCUCCCUUCCUCAUGUGGAGAAAGAUGGUGGAAGAGCUCCUUCACUGGAGGAGCUCAAAAAAGGCCCAAGACAACAUGAAGGGAAUGUCUAUUUCCAAGAAUAUUUCCAGUGUAUAUAAGAAAGUCUAACUGCCAGCCUUCUCUUCUUUUUCAUUCAGAAGAUCUAAUCGUAGAAGACCUUGAAGAAGACUGUGAGCAGUGGCUCUUACUCCUAGGUAAGUGCAGUUAGGAUUUCACCCUUAGUAAAUCAGUUUUCAGCCAGUGGUCAUUCAUUCUACCCCAGCCUUAUUUACUUCCCCCCUCUGCGCUAUUUUAGUCUUAUGGUUAUAAACUGGCCAUUCAUAAAUAUGGAUUGUAUGAAUCUAAAAAAAAUGUAUGAAUAUGCAAAAGGUCUGAGGUCUAAUAUACGUCCCUAAGGUUACUUACGAAAGGUCUCUCUGUAACUGUCUGAGGCCUAUUUUGAGGUUCAGAAAAAUAAAAAUAUCCCAUAUGGCUCUUUGUGUCCCUGUAGGCUCUGCAAACCUCCUGCCAUCCUGAUCUGGAGGAAGAUGGUGGGAGGAAGAACACUCAGGACAAUAUGACGGUAUGUCUAUUUCCAAGGAUAUGUUCAGGGUAUAUAAGAAAGUCCCUAAAACAGUUAUAAUCGCUAGCCUUCUCUUCUUUCUUCUGGACAAAAGGGAGCACAUUGGCCCAACUGCAGCAUUCUCCGGGAUACAGCACGCAUGGUAAGGCAGGCUGUUGUGAACUUCGCCUUACAGCGUGGACCCGUCCUGGGGGGGAAAGCAUAUAAAAACAAAACAAGUCAUACAGGGGGACUUACUUGUGAGUUAACCCCCUUUCAUUCCAUGCUCUUUACUUCAACGGGCUUUACAUGCGCAUGCUACACCUUGAAAGUACAUUCUUUCCCGCAAAGGAUUCUGGGCACUGUAGUUUACUCCUCACAGAAUCGCAAUUCCCAGCAACCCUUAACAAACUGCAGUGCCCAGAAUUCUUUAAGAAUGUGCCUUGGCAGUUGGACUAGAUGACCCUUGAGGUCCCUUCCAACCCUACAAUUCUAAGAUUCUGUGAAUGCACAUAUAUUGGUGUGUUCACUUUGGCUCUGUUGAAAUCAGUUAGUCACAGCUAGCUAAGUCCCAUUGAUUUAUGAAAGUGUGACUAAUUUACAGCAUAACCCCAUAUAUGUCUACUCAGAAGUAAGCCCUGCUAACUUCAGUGGGGGUUAUUCCCAAAUAAAGUGGGUACAGGAUUGCGGAUCCUGCCCCCUAACAUAAAUCCUGGCUCUCCCCAUGAGCAGGAGGUCUGAAGGGUGCAAUAGAUAUUUAGGAGGAACACUGCAUACUAUUAUUCAUUCCCUGAAAUGGUCUUCUAACUUCAGUGAGCCUAACUGGACUGCAGCUCAGAUAAAUGAAUGGUUUCCCACAAGCACUGGAGGUAAAGAGACAAUGCAGAACUUUAGCUCCAGGACUUUGAUAUGUAAACUAAACAGACUGCAGGGCACCUUCUUUCUGGAACCCAGGUUGAUAAGAAGCACAUGGGGAGACAUUGCAAGAAAAGGGAACAGCUGCUGUCACGGGAGGAACAUGAGAAGCUGCCUUCUACUGAGUCAGACCAUUGGCCCAUCUAGCUUAGUAUUGUCUGCACUGGUCGGCAGCCCCUUUCCAUGGUUUUAGGCAAGAUUCUUUCCCACCUGGGCUGAACCUGGGAGCUUCCGAAUGCAAGUAGAUGCUGUUCUUCUGACCUUUCCUUUUUAUUAUUUGAAAUAUUUAUAUAACCAGGUUCUUGGACCAUUUACAAGCAUAUAAACACACACAAAAAAUACAUAUAAUGAAGCAGAUAUACAUACACAUACACACACACACACACACACACACACACGCACCCUUUCCCCCAUCACCAAAUAAAUCAAUCGUAUUCCCCUUUUCACAGCAGGUUAAGAGAAUGCCCUAUUCAAAACCAUUUUCUUUCUUUUAUUGUUGUUGUUAAAUUUGUAUGCCACCCUUAAUCCGUAGAUCUCAGGGUGGUUCCUUGAUUAGCAGUUCCUCAUUCUAUUAACCGAGUUAUAUAAAGUUAUAUGAUUUUUGUCUAGAAGUGAAGGUUGCUAAUGAACAUCUUUCCCAUUCCCACUUUCUAUAUGUGACUGACUUUCAUUAAUCAUCUCUACAUCCCCUCCCCACCCUGUUCUAUACAAAUAAUUAAAUUUAAGUUCAAUCAGUACGACCAUUUAUAAAAUGAAGUUGAAGAAACCAGUAAUUUUUUUUUAUUUUUUUUACAGGUUCAACUCUGUUUAUAGGAAGACUUACAAAUCCUACAGAAUAAACUUGUCCUAUCCACGUUUCCAUAUAUCUGCAUUCCCAUAAAAUUAAAAAGCAUUAAUAGGACGUUUUAAGUCUUGUGACUAUGAAGAGGAAGUUAUGUGAAACUUAGGGCUGUAAAUAAAAAGAGAUGCUGAUUGCCAUUUCUG